AUGGGUGGCCCGACGAAACCCGCCGAAACCCGUCGGGCCGGGGCGGAACUAAAACGCUUCACCCACCUCGCGUUUCUGUCGGGCUGGCGGAGAGGCGACGCGGGCGACGAGAGGCCGACGCGGGGGACGACGGUGGAAGACCACGCCGGCGCCGCCGCUGCCGCCGACGCUCCAAGACGACGCCGCCGCCGACGCUCCCUCACGCCGUCCCGCCGCAAGAGCAAGGCCGACGCUCCCGCGGUUCCGCCGACGUUCCUGCCGCCGCCGACCGAGAGCUCCUGCCGCCGCCCCUCUUCUCAUCCGAAGCUGGAGUCAUUUAAGAGGAAUUCUGAUGGAAUUGUGCAAGUGAUGGAGAGGAUGGUGCAAGUGCGUGAAAAGGAAGUCAGUCAAGAACAACCUCUACAGAAGUUCUCUAUUACCAUAUGCAUGGAUGCGCUAAAGACAUUGGAUGGUAUGACAGGUUCAAUUAAAAUCCCUGCAUUGGAUGUCUUCACGAUAGCCGACAAUCGUGAAAUAUUUCUCAACCUUGUUGAUGAUAAAGAUGGCACCGCCAUGGUGUGGCUACUUGUGCAGAUAGCCAAGUUAGCAUGAGGAAACAAGUCGCUUGGACUGAUUUUCUUCUCAUAAUAUUGAAGGGAACAAGCAUGCUUUUAAGAGGACGUACUGUCCCGGGCCGAGUUGGUGCUUUAUUCAGCAUCUUGUAGUUUCAGUAUUUGCUCAGCACUAUAUGCCUAUCCACUUUGAAUUCCUCUAUUUGUUUCAUGUCUCCGAAAAGUAGAUUAUGAGAUCGGGAGUUAACUGUACCAUGCUUGUAGCUGUGAUGAUGAGAUGCUACUGUUUGCAUUUAUGUACUGGUUGCAAGAUAUGAUCUUCUAGUGUGCUACAAAGAUUUGGUUUUUAUUUAUGAUGCA